CAUUUUCAGUUUGUUUCCAAUCGCCCAUCGAGUUGGUCGUGCAUCUGAGCGAAGCGCGUCGUUUGUGCGUGUGUUAUGUUAUUCUGGAAGUUACGCGAAAGCAAACGUGCGUCCUUAACAAACGGAAUCAUACAUAAAUAAACACAACAACUGACUAAGAAUUGUGUGUGAAGUGAUAGAAGUCGAUGAAUGUAUGUAAUGAAGCAGCAUAUGUAAAGAAAAGUAAAGUGAAAUUUUGUUCGGUGUGCAUUCUAUGCAGCAGCAGCAAAGCGGCGAGGAGCGAAUGAAAGUGCCGUUAAAUCUAAAACCGCCCCCGCAACAAUAACAUAGCCAAGCAAUGGCAAACAGCAAGCAGCAAUAAUAACAGCAAAAGCAACAACAACACAAGUACACCCCAAAAAUAUUCGCUGUCAACAUCACAGAGACGCCGUCGUGGUCGUUGUCGCAGUCGCAGUCACCGUUGCCGUCGCAGUCAGCGUCUCAGUCGCGCCGUUCGCAUUUGGAAAUACAAAUCGUGUUUUGCGCUUUAGCAUUUUGCAGUUGUUAUUUGUUUAGUUGUUGUUGUUGUCACAGUUGUUGUAGUUGUGUAGUUGUUGUUAUUGUCGUCGUCGUCGUUGUUGUUCAUUCGGCGGCAAGUUAUUUACGUCGCGUCGUGCAAAUAGCAGCAGCAACAACAAAAUUUACAAUUAAAAUUACGCGCGCUACGUCAAAAAGUAUCUGCAAGAUACAUACACCCAAUCCCAACGAGAGCGCACACAACCAAAACAAAAACAAAAGCAAAAGCAAAAACAAAAACAAAACAAAGAAAAAAGCAAAAACACGAAAAAGUAAAAGAGGAAGUUGGGGAAGGAGAACGCACACAAUAUGCGCAAAAUUCAACUAAAAUGCAGCAUAUCACGGCUGUAAAAAGUUUUACGAUCCAACCUUAACGCCACCCUCAAGUUGCCCCAAAAAUAAUGCCAGAUACAAAUUAAGGUCGCAACGUUGCUCUGUGUGGCACCUGAGAGCAAGUGUAUUAGUCUCAGUAGCAGUGGCAACAUCAACUGGAAAACAGCACAAAAGGAUAACCAAACCCCACCCAACAACAGCAGCACAGCACAGCACAGCACAAAAGGCCGUAAAACAUUUUGGCCAAAAGCAGCAAGCAUUACAGUUAAAGUCGCUACAGACUCGUAAAUUGCGUACAAAACACACAAACAGCAAAGAACUUUUGCGAUGGCGGGCAACAUUGUCAAAUGGUGGAAGCACAAGAUACUUGGCGGCUACAAACAAUUCUCAGUUCAGGAAUGCACCACAGACUCAGAGGAACUGAUGUAUCAUCAGGUACGCGCCUCAUCCUCAUGCAGUGCGCCACCAGAUUUGUUGCUGGUCAGCGAACGUGACAAUAAUAUACAACUGCGAUCGCCGGUGGUUAAUAUAAUCACCACGCCACCAGGCAAUGCGUCCACAGCAGCCACAGCCAAACAACAGCAGCAGCAGCAACAUCAUCAUCAGCAGCAGCAGCAGCAUCAACAGCAGACACUGCCACUUCAUCAGCAUCAUCAUCAUCACGUGACCCGACAGCAGCAGGAGCGGCAGGAAAUAAGUAGCAGUGGCAGCCACAGCAAACACUUGCGUAUCAGCAGCUCCAGUGGCAAGCAUGGCAAAUAUGCAAAUAUGCCUCAAUCCCAUCAUCAUCAGCAGCAGCAGCAGCAGCAGUUGCAGUUGCAGUUGGAGGAGGAUGUUGUGGAUGCUGCGGCAGCAAUGCCAAUGCCAACACCACAUGCAACACAUCCGCAACACUCGCGACAUUUGCAUCAUCACAGCAAGGAGGAACGCAUACGCUUGGAGGAAUUCACCUGCGAUGUUUCCGUUGAGGGCGGCAAAUCGUCACAGCCGCUGCAAUUCUCGUUCACAUUCUAUGAUCUGGACGGGCAUCAUGGCAAAAUAACAAAGGACGACAUUGUGGGCAUUGUGUACACCAUAUACGAGUCCAUUGGCAAGUCCGUGGUGGUGCCCCACUGUGGCAGCAAGACAAUUAACGUUCGCCUCACCGUCAGUCCCGAAGGCAAAUCGAAAUCGCAGGCAGUCGCGGCCGCCGCUGCCACAUGCAACAACAAUAACAGCCAGAGCAACAACAACAGUCACAGCCACAGUCAGAGCCAGAGCCAUAGUCAGAGUCAGAGCCAGAGCCAGAGCAGUAAACUGAAGAAGCUGCCCACGGGGAUGGCGGCCAUGUCAAAAACUAUGAAUGGCAUGGCACUAACGACAUCCGGCGGCGCACGCCGCCAGCAUCGCCAUCGACCACGCAAACUGAUUAAGUCCGAUGACGAGGACGAUGACAGCAACAGUGACAAGGAGAAGGAGAAGGAGCUGGCAGCGGCGGCAGCAGCAGCUGCAGUUGGUGCUGAACAGCCUGCGAGUGGCAAGCAGGCGAAGAGUCGAUACCAGAAGAACAAUGCCAAAGUGGAGCAAUGCUGCAACGGACAACAACAGCAGCAGCAACUGCAGUCGGCGGAACAGCACACGCCGGACAAUGCCCACAAUACCUAUGAGAAUAUGUUGAAUCUCAAAUGCUGCAGCGGUGCCAACAACAAGGAAGCGACUGACAUGCUCGACUGUCCGCAUCCCCAUUCCCAUUCCCAUUCGCAGCGUUCACGGCAUCACAGCCAGGAUGUCUAUAUGAAGCAGGCCACCCAACGGGUCAAAAUGCUGAGAAGAGCGCGAAAACAAAAGUAUCAGGAUCACUGCCUAGAAACGCGACAACGCAGUCUCUCCGUGGGCAACGAUUCCUGCUGGCAGAAUCGCCAUCUCCAGCAGCAACAGCAGCAGCAGCAACAACAUCAGCAGCAGCAACCACAGCAACAGCAGCAGCAGUUGACACAGCAAAAGAGCAGCUCGGUGUCGCCACCGUUGGGCGAGGUGAUGCUCGAUGGCGUUCAGUUGCGCCAGCCACGCCCACAAUCGCUGCUGGGGCAGCAGCAGCGAAAGUCUGCGGAAUGCUGGAAGUCGGCGCUAAAUCGCAACGAUUUGAUUAGCAUCAUCAGGGAGAGCAUGGAGAAGAAUCGCUUGUGUUUUCAGCUGAAUGGAAAACCCCAAGCCAAUGUGAGUCCCAUACGGCAACCGGCAGCACAACAACAACAGCAGCAGCAGCAACGCCAACGCUGCAAUACAGGCUCGAAAAUCCCGACGCUAAUUGCGAAUCACAGUCCGCAGGCCGGUCCGCAGUCGCCGCUCAGCUGCAGUCCGCCCACGCAAUCGCCCACGCAGCACAUCGAAGCCGGACACGAUAUGGCGGGCAACAACAACAGCAGCCAGCUCUACCAUGCGCAUCCUCAUCAGCAUCCGCAUCCGCAUCCACAGCCGCAUAUACCCAUCUACCAUCAACAGCUGGCCAUUAAUCCGGCCGUGGUUGCCGCUCAGCACAGCCACAACAGCGCACACAACAAGCUCAAUCUCUGUGGCUACGAUUCGUUUUUGCAUGCCACCAUUUGUGGCGGCGGCGCUGCGGCCCACUCGCCCCCGGCCACGCCCAGCAAUGUGGCCACCGUGCAGCCCAUUCCCAAGCGCAGCAGCAGCAGCCACAACAAGCAACAGCAGCAGCAGCAGCAACAACUGGGUCAACAUGGCUAUCAGCGAUUGGAGCAACAGCAGCCGCAGUCGCAGUCGCAGAGAGGCAGCAAGGAUUACAAGAACUAUGGCAAUCUCAUCUAUGCCAAGCUGAGCGAGCAGCUGCAGCAAAAGGAGCGCGAGCAGCGUCGCCAGCGCCACAAGCAACAGCAGCAACAACAACAGAAGCAACUAGCAGCCACAACGGUGCAACAGCAGCAGGCGGAGUCACGUCCAGCCACCUCCAGCUCUAGUUCGACGGCAUCGAAGAUCUAUGGCGAUGCCUUGGAGUGCGCCCAUCUGCUGGCCAGCGAGGAGGAGGAGCUGGCACCCAGUCCACUACACACAAGCACGCCCAGCAAAGUUGUCUCCACUGACACGCUGAUCGAUCUGAAUGAUGAUGUGGGCGAGGCUGUUGCGGAGGCGGUGACAACGAGCAAGGAUGUGGAGGAGCCAGCAUCGGCUGCGGAUGCAGAUCUGGAUACGAGUGCGUCCAGUUCGAUGAUACAUCGCUAUGUGCACGAGCAUAUACAUCAUCAUUAUCAUCACUUCAAGGAGCAGAAUGAUGUCUAAAAUCAAAUCAAACUAAAUGUAUACACCAACAAACAAAAGAAGAAGAAAAAAUACUACCAUAUACAUAAUAUAUUAUAUAUAUGAAUGUUGCUUAUGUUUCUUAUGAUUAAUCUAGCGCAAUUUGUAAUUUAAAUUAGCAUUAAAAAGCAGCAAAGAAAAUUAAGCAAAAUGCAAACUCAAAGAAAAUCCCAUGACGAUAUUAGUUUUGUUGUUAUGUGCGAGGCAAACUUAAGUUAAGAUCACUCGAUCUGUUCCUAACUGAAGCUGUUAAAUUUGCCAGCACAAGCCUCGCUCACCCAUAAAUGAGAGUAGUAAUCCCCUCAAUUUCCACUCCCCCGCCCCCGCUCCCGCUAACGUUAAGAUAUUUGCGCCUUUGCCUUAGCAACAUUGAUAACAUUUAAAUAGCCAUCGAUUGCUUCGCUUAUCAGCCUAGCAACAUAUCAUCGCUCUAUGUGUGUAAAAAAAACAUAAACAAAAAAACAAAAUUAUAUAAUGCAAAGAAAUUCGAUUAUUUAGUGCAAAUUAUUCACUGAAAAAAACUAAAUACUAAAUGGAAAAUUUGUUGUCUAUUAUAUGAAAUUUUAUGCGCCGCUUUUACGUGUAUAGAGAGCAACAUUUGUCUAUAAAGAUUAUUAUUAUUAUUAUUCUGUAUAAUGAUUAUUAUUAUUAUUAAUAUGGAACUAUGGCCUCCAUUUAAGUUAACUACCAUCAUGAUUAUUUAUAUAGCAAUUAAAAUACUAUUAAUUUUAAAAGCAAACCAACAAGACACGCAACAAUGCAACAAAAAAACAAAAAAAGAAAAAACAUCGAACAUCAACCACAAAUCAUAGUUCAAUUAUUAUUUUUCAUUAAUUUUUUUUAUGUUUUUAUCAUUUGUCGUUUUUCUGGUUUUUGUUUUUCUCAUUUUCUCAAUGCCUAACUUGUUUAAGUAUUUCCAUCAAUCAAAUAUUCAAUCAAUCAACAAAACAAAACAACAAAGAAGCACAACAAACAAAAUGCAUUUAACUCUUAUUUAAAUAAAAAAGACUGAUUUCCAAUUAAACAAUACAUUAAUUAUCUGCGUACGAAUAAAUAAAUAUAUAUACAUAC